UCACUUCCUGGAGAGUGUUUGUGCUGCUGCUUGAUUUUGUGUCUUGAGUGUGUCGUGGAGUGUUUGUGUUGUUGAAUCUUUCAGACUCGCAGUUUUCGCUCUGUAUGAUGGUUUAUUGUGGUGUCGGUGUGUGUCCGCACUGACCGCUGCUGUCGCUCUGGUAUGGAGUCUCCAGUGGUGGAUGAUGACAUCUGUAUCCUGAAGCAUGAGACGGCGUACGGGCCGCCCGAGAGCCCCGUGUCCGUGUGCGCCGGGGACGAGUCGGUGGCGUCUCACUUCGCUCUGGUCACCGCGUACGAGGACAUCAAGAAGAGACUCAGAGACACGGAGAAGGAGAACGGACUGCUGCGCCGGAGAGUCAAACAACUGGAGGACAAGAAUUUCCGUCCUGAAGCGCCUCCGUCUGAAGGGCCUCAGUACAUGAACAAAGCCUUCAGUGCGUACCGCGGCAUCUACAUAGAGAAGGAGGACUUACAGAUGGAGCUCAAUAAAGUGAAAAAAGAGAAGCAGGAUGUGGAGAGGAUCCUGACGGAACAGCUGCAGGCCAGAGAGCUGGAGCUGCUGCAACUCAGAUCAGAGAUGGAGACGAGCCAAGUGAUGAAGAGUCUGACCGAUACGGCCGAUUACUGGCAGGUGGACAGACGCAGCAGUGACAUGAAGACCAACUCACUGCUGGAGCAGCUGGAGCGGUUACAGAUCGAGAACAACGCGCUGCACAGACUCUGCAGGGCCGGACAGGAUAUUUCUGAAAACUGUGUAAUUGAUGGUGAUCCAUCUCAUGAAGCUCUGACAGAUUUCAGGACGAUGGCGAUCGUUCAGUCGUAUCGGGACGUCCUCAGUGAAGUGUCCCGUUUGCAGUCGACCGUCCGCUCUCAGUCGGAGCUGCUGAGGAAGAUGAGAGAGAGACCAGCGCCGCUCGUCUUCAGAAGAGCUGCUUCAACUGUUCCAGUGCAGUGCCUGGACGACGUGCAGAGGAACAGUGAGCCGGCGAGAGCCGUCGUCCCUCGUCCUCCCAGCGCGCCUCCGCUGCCCUCGGCGUCCGACGGCCCGCAGGACCCCUGGGCCAUCCCGCGUCCGGCUCCGCUGGGCAGCCCCGGCGUUCGGCUCAAUCCCCCUCCGCGCAUGAGCUCGCUGGACGACAGCUCCUGGUCCUUCCCCAGCCCUCCCCGACCCAGCGACGCCCUGUUCUGGGACCAAACCAAGCCCAAGAGCCCCGCCGGCGACUGGGCCCAACCGUACUGAGUCCCGUCCCGCCACACCGCACCUUACCUGCCUUAACACACGUCCCUCUCUGGAUGAGCAAAUACCUCGAGCGGACCGGGACGGAGACACCCGAGCGGGACGCCGGACGCUUGAACGGACGCGUUCCUGACGUGUAUUUGUGAUUCACUAUCUCCUAUAGGCUUGUGUUCAUCUCCUCGGUCGAGUCGAUUCUAUUAACCGUAACGGAUGCCGUCUUGUAUUAUGAACGUGCAAAGGGAAGGUUUUAGUAGUUGAAGCACUCCUCGAAAGUUGUUUCUUUAGAAACGCGUCUGUCGUGUGUUUAUGCCCGUACCAUACUGCUCUUCAAACCCCAAACCAGAGAAAACGAUGUUUUGGUGUUUAGAUUUAGUCAAUAAA